CUAUUUGACAUGUUGUUACUGUGAAUUCAAGGGAUUAUGUUCUACACCAAUGAAACAAGGAUAAAAGAUUUCUUCAUCCUGGGAUUUCCUGGACUUUCACAGGAGUAUUAUGGACCUGUAACAGCCUUGCUUUUAAUUCUCUUCUUGGCUAUAGCUUUUGGAAAUAUUUUCAUUUUAGUGUUUGUUAAAUGUGAAAGAUCUCUUCACAAACCCACAUAUCUGAUCUUUUGCCACUUGGCACUAACUGACUUGGCGUUUGGGACUGUUACUUUGCCAAAGGUUAUAUCAAUAUAUUGGUUUGAUGACAGCAUUAUUUCAUUUUACGGAUGUUUUGUACAAAUGUAUUUUGUUCACCUUUUGGGGACAAGUCAUUCUUUUAUCCUGAUGGUUAUGGCGCUUGAUCGUUUUACUGCAAUUUGUACUCCAUUGCGUUACCCAGUUGUUUUCACAAACACCACUGCUUCUGUGCUAUGUGGAUUAUCAUGGUUAAUGCCAGCGACAUGGAUGAGCGCUAUAGUUUUAGAUGCUCUUUCAUUGCCUUACUGUAAUUUAAACAUAAUUGCACAUUGCUUUUGUGACCAUAUCGCAAUAACAGCGCUUGGAUGUCAUGAUGUACAAAGAGUCCAGUUACCUGCAUUUGUUCUCGCCAUGAUCAGUUUGUUGUUGCCUCUGGGUUUAAUCAUCAUCUCUUAUUCUGUCAUCAUUGUUGCUGUUAUGACAAUGUCCAACUCUGACGGCAACCCCUUCAAGGCUCUGUCUACCUGCACGUCACAGCUUCUCGUCACAUGUCUGUUUUACAUGCCAAGAUGCUUUGUUUACCUGGCAAAUAUUUUGGGAUUCACUUUCAGUGCUCCAGUUCGCAUUAUUGUUGUAAUGCUGUACAGUCUUUUACCAGCUGCUGUCAACCCAGUGAUAUACUGUUUCAAAACCAAGGAUAUCAAAGAGAAGUUGAAAAAACGAAUAUUUACUAUACUAGGAAAACGGGUAUCAGCACAAUAA